AUCUAUUAAUCAAUAUUUCUAUAUCAUAUUGUUCACUGGAACAUUGAGCAUGCGUUGUAGCUAGAACAGUUAUGAAACUAUUUAUUGCACUGGUAGAACUGUACCCGAGACAGUUUAAUUUACAUUUUGAGAGACCACCCGUGGGAUUAAACGGCCCUGUCAACGGUAAUGACAUAAAAGACACAUCCUUGAGUACACAUUAUAGUCCCUGUUUCGAAUAUGGCCAAGAACUCCAUCCACUGGUUCCGGAAAGGACUGCGUCUCCAUGACAACCCGGCCCUGCUGGAGGCGGUGCGGGAUUCAGACACGGUGCGCUGUGUCUACUUCCUGGACCCCUGGUUCGCUGGCUCCUCCAACCUGGGGGUCAACCGGUGGAGGUUCCUGCUGCAGUGUCUGGAAGAUCUAGAUGCAAGCCUCCAGAAGCUCAGCUCCCGUCUGUUUGUGAUCCGAGGCCAGCCGGCCAACAUCUUCCCCCGACUCUUUAAGGAUUGGAACAUCUCGCGGCUGACGUUUGAGUGUGACUCUGAGCCAUUCGGUAAGGAGAGGGAUGCAGCCAUUAAGAAGCUGGCCACAGAGGCUGGAGUGGAGGUCGUCAGCAGGACCUCUCACACACUCUACGACCUGGACAAGAUCAUGGAGCUGAACGGUGGUCACCCUCCUCUCACCUUCAAGCGUUUCCAGACGUUGGUGGGCUCCAUGCUGCCCCCGGACUCCCCAGUAGAGGCUCUGUCCCAGGCCAGCAUGGGUCGAUGUGUCACCCCCGUCUCAGACAACCACACGGACAAGUACGGAGUGCCCCUACUGGAGGAGCUGGGCUUUGACACUGAGGGCUUGGCUCCAGCUGUGUGGCCUGGAGGAGAGAGUGAAGCUCUCACCAGGAUAGAAAGACAACUUGGACCUGACCUCUCCACAACAUGGCAGGUGAAUUUUGAGCGUCCCAGGAAGACCGCCAGCCCCCUGCUCGCCAGUCCUCUGGGUCUCAGCCCCUACCUUCGCUUUGGAUGUCUGUCCUGUCGACUCUUCUACAGCAAACUGGUUGAGCUCUACAAAGAGGUGAAGACGAACGACAGUCCUCCCAUCUCCCUCUACGACAAGCUGCUGUGGCGUGAGUUCUUCUAUACUGCUGCCACUAACAACCCUCGCUUCGACAAGAUGGAGGGCAACCCCAUCUGUAUCCGCAUCCCCUGGGACCGCAACGCAGAGGCGCUGGCCAAGUGGGCCGAGGCCAAGACGGGCUUCCCCUGGAUCGACGCCAUCAUGACCCAGUUGAGGCAGGAAGGAUGGAUCCACCACCUGGCCAGACACGCUGUGGCCUGCUUCCUCACCAGAGGAGACCUGUGGAUCAGCUGGGAGGAGGGCAUGAAGGUGUUUGAGGAGCUGCUCCUGGAUGCAGAUUGGAGUGUGAACGCAGGCAGCUGGCUGUGUCACUCCUGCAGUUCCUUCUUCCAGCAGUUCUUCCACUGCUACUGUCCUGUGGGCUUCGGACGAAAAAUAGAUCCAGAAGGAGACUUCAUCAGGCGAUACUUACCUGUCCUGAAAGACAUGCCAGACAAGUACAUCUACGACCCUUGGAAUUCCCCCAUAGAGGUGCAGCGGGCGGCCAAGUGUGUGGUCGGCGUGGACUACCCCAAACCCAUGGUGAACCAUGCAGAGGCCAGCCGACUCAACAUAGAGAGGAUGAGACAAAUCUACCAGCAGCUGUCCAGAUACAGAGGACUCAGCUUACUAGCUGCUGUGCCAACCAGUCCUAUUGAGGGUCUGAAUGUGAAUGAGGUCAAGCCGCUGGCGUCGCCCUCUACUGGUAGAAAACACAGCGGGACCAACAGCCAUCAUGGCCGUGGUAGAGAAAACAGAAGUGUAAUAGUGAACGGUGAGGAGCAGCCGGGACCCAGGGGCGUUAGACCACGACCUGGACCAACAUACACUCAGAGCUGUGGAAUGGCGCACACAGAGCAGGCACAUUCGUCCAAUCAUGGACUCUGUCAGACAGGAUGUGCCCAUGACUUUGCUGUGCCUCAGUAUCCAGGUCGUCUGGUCCGGGGUGGGGCUGGGUGCGGGUCUAGGAAGAGGGGACGGGAGUCGGAACAGGAAGUGGCCGGAGACAACGACUCUCUGUCCUCCGCCUUCAAGGUACAGCGACACAAUAAACAGAAGAGUACGAGUCAGCAGGAUGAGAGGAUGGCUGUGUCUUCAUAAGCUGCUGCUGUCAUAGAUAGAUAGAAAUUAUUAUACAUACUGUACAUAGAUGUUUAAAUAAAUAUUUUUGUAUCAAGGAAAAGUCUCUGUUCCUGUAUGAGAUGUGACAUGAAAGUCCCUGAGUCUUAGUUUUCAGAGUUGUGAUCUCAAAAAUGUAUUAUUUAAAUUUGGAAAAAUUGUCAAAUCAGUUUGGAUUUAUCGGAAUCUAAUUUUGGGUGCCCAAGGUUAGGACUCUAAAUUCCCCACCUGGGUUGAACAUGAUGUACAGUCUAUAAUAUGUUAUGAUGUAAAUGAUUGUAAAUAUGUCAGUUACUGUCAGACUGUAGCUUCACUUCUGUACUGUAUGUCUGAAACACAGCCUGAAGACAAACUCCAACUGGACUUACUCGGACAGAGCAGACAACGAUAAAACCAUUUCACAGGAGACCUGAUAUUUAGAUCUGGACCCCCCAUUACCUUUGACCUCUAACCCUGAGGAUCGCAGCAAGCUGAUUGGUCAAAUCAAACCAGCUGCUCUCUGUAGCAAAAGUGUGUAAAAGCAUAAGGCUGUUCAUCAUGUGUUACUUUCCCACCAUGUUUCUUAAUUUCUGCUAAAAUGGAGGGUGAAGAGUGAACGCUAUUGUUGUUUUCCCUAUGGAAUUGUACGACUGCUUUUGUUACUUUUUGUUUUUACAGAAUUACCAAAACAUUGCCUUCACAGAUGUUAAAAUAAUGUAUAUACAGUAUACCUCUAGCACAACAAAUUAAAUGGUUGAAAUAA